CAAAACAUUCAGUUACUCCCCGUAAGCCUGCUGUGUCGAUACGUAUCUGUUUUGAGUGUAUCUACCCGUAUGAUUGCACCCUGGCAUGCGAGUCUGCGCAAACAGUUUAAACUUAAGACGCUCGUUUUUUCGGGACUGCGUUUGCCAGUCAUGAUGUCAUCAACAUGUCACUGAUGGUGUGCCCAACCGCUUCACCUUAGUCUCCUGCUUACUAUACUCAUCAUGGCAGGCGUUGCGAAUGUCCUCUUGGGGUGAGGUGGUAGUCGCGGUGCUGACGUGUCUCAUCGGCGCCCAGAUCCGCGGCGAGAAAGCGGCACUUCUUAUCAUCGAUGUGCAGGACUGCUUCCUGCCGGGGGGAAGCCUGGCGGUCAAGGAUGGACACCAGGUCAUUCCUGUUAUCAACAAGUUGCGCCAUGACUACGAAGACAAGUUUUCGCUAGUGAUACUGAGCCAGGACUGGCAUUGCCCAAACCACGUGUCCUUCGCUUCCCAGCAUGUCGGUGCGGACCCCAUGUCGCAAAUCAGCCUGACGUACGACGAUAAGGGGAUGUGCGCUGGGGACUCAAGCUGGACGGCUUUGCAAAGGAACCGUGUUUCCAGUCCAUUGCCUACAGUAGACUGCAGUACAGUUGAUGUAAACAAGCAGCGCAAAGUCACUCAAACCUUGUGGCCCGACCACUGUGUGCAAAACAUCACUUCAGGUCCUACAUCUUCAAAGAUUUCAUCGCUUUUGACAAGAAAAGACACCGACAUUGUAAUCAGGAAGGGAGACACCUGCGAGAUAGAUUCCUAUUCAGCAUUUAAUGACAACGGGGAAUUUCGACAGACUCCACUGCACAACAUUUUGAAAAAUCAUGGCAUUCGCCUGGUGGUUGUGGCAGGAUUGGCACUGGACUAUUGCGUUUAUUUUACAUCUAAGGAUGCAGUAAAAUUAGGUUACAAAGUCUUCACAGUGUUAGAUGCCUGCAGAGGAGUCGCACCAGAUUCACAAAUUGCUGCCAUGGAGGACAUGAAAAAAGCAGGAAUAGAACUGGUUCAGUCAGGAGACCUUGAGGGGGCCUUGCAAGAUACCAGUGAAGGUGGCUCCUACACUCUAGACAUUAUUCUGCUGAUGGCUGCUGCUGUCUGCAUUACAGUCAGUUUCAUUGUGGCAUAAUUGUCAAAAGCUACUGAAUUUCAUUGGCUGCCUCCAAAGAAAGACACAAAGUAAUUUUAGUGAACUGGAGUUAGCACUAGCUAAUAAUGUGCGACAGAUUUUUCAGUACCAACCCAGAUCAGCAGACUGUAAUAAUCAAAUCUGUGAUAUUUGAGUUUCGCAGGUUUAUACAGUAUUUGUCUUUGAUUUAUGGGGCACCCCACAUGAUGACAAGAGUGAGACUAGUGAUUAUGUGUAUAAUACAAAGAUGACAAAGCAGGUUGAGAUGGUGGCCUUUGGAGAGCAUGCUAAAUCCUGUUGGUUCAGCUUCUGUCUCACCAAAGUUUGUUGUCCUGAAUUCCUAGUGACCUAGUGAUCAUUCCACUUUAAACUUUAUUUGAAAAUAAUUAUUUUGUUUGAUAUCAAGGGUUUGCAAGAGCAAAUUAUGAUUCCACCUAGCACAUUUUGUACCAGACUCUCAUGGUGUUGUUAUCAACUGAACUGUUCAUCUUAAGAUUUGGGGAACAGAAAGCUGCUUCUCAUUUUACUGAGCACCAACUGUUUAAUUAAGGUAAAGAAACUAGGUAACUCAAAAAGUCUUUCCUGGGAUCUGCAAAAAAAAAAAAAAAAUCUGCCCUCACCCCAGGAGGGACUGUUAAUGCAACUGCUAUGUUGAAAGCCAAGAGGGAUGUGGAGAGAAAGGCAGCGAGGGGGAGAGGAUAGGCACCACCCUCACAAAGCUGGCCUUGAUUAAAGUGAGGUCACUAACAACUCACUCCCUAAUGACCUGAAGAAGUCAGGGGACUCCAUCAUUCUAUCCCUCCCAUAAAGACAGUCCCAUACGUACAAUGGAUGUCCUUCCUCUGUGCUGCUAAGUAAUGGAACUUUCUUCCACAUCACAUUCGCACUCAGACUAUCCCUGAAUUUCUAUUCUUAACUCCCUGGCAAUACUGUCAUGCUAACGACUCCAUCUUACACUGUUUAUAGUUUCUAUAUCCCUUCAUACCUUAGGGCAUUCUGGUGGCGCAAUGGUUAUCGCCCAACACAGUGAGGGUAGGCUGUCCUGGGUUCAGCUCUCGUCUCGGGCAUGAGGUUCUUUCUCUGCAUGUGGGUCUGUUUACAGUGCUGGCUACCUUGCCAUGAUAUAGCCUUAGUUGUUGGCUCGGCGUAAAAGACCAAUCCCCUUCCCUUCCCCCUCUUCUUUAUGUUCUACUGUUGUACCUCAUCAUGUUGUUCAGUUUGUCUUUACGUACCUCACUGUCCACUGACUGUUAUCUUUCAUUUAUCAUUAUUUGUUCAGAGAGUGCGAUCUAUCUACGCAACAUAAGUUCCCAUGAUUAUUAUUAUUACUACUUUAACUGUCUGCCAGUUUUUUGCAGGGUUUUCUGCCUCGUGUUUUUGAUUAUAUCGGCUGGUAGCAUCAAUAUGUUAUUAACAUUUGUAUAUGUUGUAUGUAGGCAUGCGAUGUAUCUGGUAUAUAUGAUGCAUAUAUUAUCAAAAUAGCCAACCUGUCAAGUUUAUCACACUAACACAUUGGCAUCAUGUACAGCAACAAGACAGUAAAAUCUUUCUCAUAA